AUGGAUUCCUUUGGGCAACCCAGACCAGAAGAUAAUCAGUCAGUAGUUAGCAGAAUGCAAAAGAAAUACUGGAAAACUAAACAGGUCUUUAUCAAAGCAACGGGAAAAAAGGAGGAUGAGCACGUGGUGGCCUCUGAUGCUGAACUGGAUGCUAAACUCGAGGUUUUUCACUCCAUUCAAGAGACAUGCACUGAACUUCUGAAGAUAAUUGAGAAAUAUCAGCUAAGACUCAAUGUUAUAUCAGAGGAAGAAAAUGAACUGGGGCUCUUUUUAAAGUUUCAAGCAGAACGGGAUACGACACAAGCUGGUAAAAUGAUGGAUGCUACCGGCAAGGCACUCUGUUCUUCAGCCAAGCAAAGAUUGGCCCUGUAUACUCCUCUGUCUCGUCUUAAGCAAGAAGUAGAAACAUUCAGUCAAAGGGCGGUAUCUGAUACCUUGAUGACAAUCAAUCGUAUGGAACAAGCGCGCACAGAAUACAGAGGAGCCCUGCUGUGGAUGAAGGAUGUGUCCCAAGAACUGGACCCAGACACCCUAAAACAAAUGGAAAAGUUCAGAAAAGUACAGAUCCAAGUGAGAAAUAGCAAAGCUUCUUUUGACAAGUUAAAGAUGGAUGUUUGUCAGAAAGUGGAUUUACUUGGAGCUAGUCGCUGCAAUAUGUUAUCUCACUCCCUCACUACCUACCAGAGGACACUGCUUGGAUUCUGGGAGAAAACAGCCCGAUUGAUGUCCCAGAUCCAUGGGGCCUGUACUGGCUUCCAUCCAUAUGAUUUUGUAGCUCUCAAGCAACUACAAGACACUCCAAGCAAGCUUACCGAAGACCACAAAGAACAAAUAGAAAACAAUUCUCUCACUGAAAACCUCAAUGAGUUAGUUUUGUCAGAUGAGGAAGUGAGCUUGGGAAAUGAACCAGCAGCCGAAGAUCACAAGGAAAAACAUUUUCAAAUAAGAGAAUUUGGAGCACCUCAGUUUUCUAAUUCUGAAAAUGUUGCAAAAGAUUUACCUAUAGAUUCACUGGAAGAUGAUUUUGAGAGGGAAUUCUCAUUUCUCAACAACCUUCUAAGUCCUGGUUCUUCAAGUACUGGUGAAUUUACCCAAGAAUGCCAGACUGCCUUUGGGAGCCCUGGCGCCAGCUUCAUGUUGCGGGAGCCUGCUGUGGGGUCUGGGCCUCUUGCUCAUUCCUCACGAUUCCUUCCUUCACAGCUCUUUGACCUUGGCCUUCAUGCUGCCGGAGCUUUUAACAGCUGGGCCUUGCAAGGGGGAUUAGAAGUUCCUCUUUCACACACUGACAACCAGCCAGUGCCUUCACAGAGUCCAAAGAAAUUAACAAAAUCUCCCAACACUGGUAACCAAGACAUGUCAGCCUGGUUCAAUCUAUUUGCAGACUUGGAUCCACUUUCAAACCCAGAUGCUAUUGGACACUCAGAUGAUGAACUUCUUAAUGCUUGACUGAAACUAUGUCGUCACUUCAGUGGCCUUGAAACAUCAAUUUUACAACAUAUUGCCUUUGUGGAAAGGAGUUUAUAUGGUAACCCAUACACAAAAGCAUCGUGUUUGUGUAUCUAACACUUUUCAGCCAACUUUAAAGAGAUGGUAAGGACUACAUUUGAAUAGAUUAAGUAUUUCUUUAAUAUCUUGGAUUUGCAGCUGUUGAUAAUAUGUGGAAAAUAUUAUGAACCAUUGAGUCUGAAAUAGAUACCAAAAUUUAUUUCAAAAUAAUAAUUAGGAAUACUUCUGUAAAUAAGGAAUUGGGCUUAUUUCUUUGGAAAGCCUUUUAUGUGUAAGUUGCCUUGCUGGCUGUGAGAAUUCUGUAUGUGGAUAAAGACAGCAUGUAAAUUUGGUUGUGAUUUGGGGUUGGUUUUUUAAUAAAACCAUAGCAGGGGGAGUUUUCUGUUGUGGAAAAUAACACUAGAACCAGAACAGUUUUGUCUUUAGUUAGAAAAGUAGAGAAAGAUUUGAGAACUCAGUUUGCUUUAAUGAAAUCACAGAGAAACUU